AGCAGCGGGCUGGCGGCCCGGGCAGCCCCGGCACCGCUGCUGUCACCUCCCAGCUGGGAGCAGGGGAUUUGCAAAGGAAGCAUCUUGCCUGCCGCUGCUCGUGCUGCUCCGGUCUGGUCUUGCCCCUUCACCAUCCUCCCGCCCUUGCGCCCAGACACCGGUGCCCCAUGGCUUGCCAUUUCUUUACCUUUUUGGGGUGAACCGAGCUGACGUCCCCGCUGCCUUCCCCCCUCCUGCUGCUGCAUUACGACGGACAGCUGCCAGGAGGGAGGCUACAGCUCCUCUCCCUGCCCACCAGCCCCGGGGGUCCCCCCGGGUGGGCUCAUCUGAGCACCCCUCUCUGCAAGGAGCGGGGGCUGAGCAGGGCAAGGCUGCAGGAAGCUGAAUGGGGCAGCCUGGUCGCCUGCCACCAGCUCUUUGCAGCGGGCCGAGCACUGCCAGGGUGCAGAUCUUGGGCAGGAAGGAUUGCAAAACAGCCAAGGAGGGAAAGCAAAGCAGGUGGAGCGUGUCGGGGUGCAGCGGGGAACCCCAGAGCGCCACUGGCAGCAGCCCAGCCAGGGCAGUGUGUGGCGGGGUGAUGGGAAGGGAUGUCUCCAGGGCUGACCUCCGGCAGGGCCCCGUUCCUGGAAUUUGGGCUGUUUCGCCGGAAGGAUGACCAGCUUGCUUUCCUCCCCAGGAUGGGAGGGAAACAUUCGCCGUCAGAUCGUCCUGGCUGCCGUCCCAGUGGAGACGGCUUCCCAGCACCCACGGGCUUAACUCCUCGCUUGGGCAAGUCCCAUCUCACACCUUGGGACCCCAUAGCUGGUACCGAGCUUUGCACAAAAUGGGGAUCCUGAUUGCUUGACUCAGCCCCGCCCCCAGCUUGGGAACAGCCGCCUUGGGAGGCAGCGCAGGCAGCCCUUCCGUUCCUCCUCAAAUGGUGAAUGGCCGGACAUUUGCCGAGACGAAGAUUACAGCACACGUGUAUCCGGAUUUCUGCCUCACCGUGUCUGUGAGAAAGCAGGGGGCAUGUUGGAAACCUUGCCAAGCCCUGUCCCUCUGUUCGGGGGGAAUGGAGGUGGGAGGGAAGGGGCUGCCGGUUUCUCCGCCAGCGACAGCGAUGCCAAGGCACGGCACCCGCUCACCCGCCAUGGAGUGCCUUUGAAAACAUGUCCCUCCCUCCCCGUGGGAGGUGUCCCUGUGCUGAGAGUGUCCCAGCUGUCCAGAGCAGCCCCUCGCCCUGGGCAGCAGACAAAGAGCGGGUACACAGGCACCCGCCCGGCCCCAGUGCUUUGGCAGUGCAGAGAAGCGAGCCAUUGUCCCCGCGCACUGCCAGCCCCGGCGCCAGCUGCCACCGAGGACCAGACCAGCGGAGGCUGCCUGGUGGGACGCAGCAGAGCCAGCAGCGGUUGUGCUAUGGCUGGGCUGGUGGGGCCAGCAGCAGCCCUGGUCUUCCUCUGCCUGGCCAUGAGGCUGGAGGCCAGCCCGGAGCUCUCCGGGUACCUGCGCAAGGUGCUGAGGAACCACACCACCCACACCUGUGACGGGGAGCAGCUCCUCAUCGUCUGCCCUCGCAAGACCACCAUCAGCAUCCUCGGCGCCUUCUAUGGACGUCGUGUACCCAGUCCCAACCUCUGCCCCAGCCCUGGCAAUGCCUCCCAGGAGAGCACCGAGUGCACGUCCACCACCGCCCACCUGAAGCUGCUGGCUGAGUGCCAGGACCAGCAGUGGUGCCAGUUCUUGGUGCACAGCCAAGUCUUUGGGCCGGACCCGUGCCCCGGGACACACAAGUACCUCAUUGCUUCCUACAAGUGCCGGCCAGGGAACCAUCGGGUCAAGACAGUGUGCGAGAAUGACAAGCUGAGACUGCAGUGCCGACCAAAAUCCAUCCUGGCCAUUUAUUCUGCAAAUUACGGACGAUUUCUGCGGGGCAAACCAGAGUGUGAUGCCCUGAACACUGGGGGACCCCAUAUAGAGUGCUUGGCUCCAGAUGCCCUGCGGAGGGUCUCCAAGAAGUGCCACCGCAAGGGGAACUGCACUGUGGCUGCUGACCGGGCCACCUUCGGGGACCCGUGCCUCCCUGGCACAAAGAAACAGCUGCGAGUCUCCUACACCUGCGUACCCAAGCAGCUGCUGGAGGAGGUAGGCCCUGACACCUCGGACCCCUUCCUGCUCUCGGACUACAUGCACGGUGGCUGGUACAAAGGGCCCAGGUUCUCCAGGCUCCGGGAAGACCGGAUGAUUUUUACUAGCUCUCUGGCAGCUUUUGCCCACCUUUGGGGUGUCCCAGAGAAAGUUGGCCUCUACUUUCUUUGUGGGGUCUCAGGAGGCCUCAUGGUUCUGCUGUGCAUCAUCAGCCCCAAAACAACCUUCCUCCAGGAGGUAGGGGAGGCUCUCAAAGACCCAGAGUUGGGGAGCAGCUCGGAGCUGAGCAGGACCAAGCUGCGGGAUGAGCAGGACGAAGACCUUCCUGAUGACAGCUCCUCGGACUCCUCCUUCCGCCGCCUCACCCGCACCUACCGGGCCACCGACAGCAUCUUCAGCCCUGAGCUGACGGCGGCCAUGGAGGGAGCAGUGGAGCACCAGGGCCGUGUCGGGGAGGAGAUCUGGAUGCCCAAGGAGUCAAGCCCGUAUGCCAUCCACAAGAUCAAAUCAGCCACCAAGUAAGAACUGGAAGAAAAUGGCCAGAAAGCAGCAGGGAGCAGAGGCUAAGUGGAAUCUGACAUUGGAGAGACACAAGAGUUUGGGCUCCUUGGGGCGAGUGGGCAUCCUGAGUGGCAGCAGCGCCAUGGCAGCCCCAGUGUGGCCAUCAACCCACCGCUCCACCAGCCUGGAAACCUCUAACCCUGGGGGUAAGAUGUGGUCCCUGGGUGUGAUGAGGGGCUGCAGGGUGGCUCAUGGGGCCGCUGGCUCCUUUGCCACAAACACGCCACUAACCCUAAGCUAACCUCCCCAUUCUCGGCUCGCAUUGGCUGGCUCUAGUACUUAACCCUGCUCAGCCACACCGAGCCCACCCUGAGCCUUCCCAGGCUGUUUGCGCCUGUUUCUUCUUGGAUGUUGGCUUCCACCACUGGUGCUGCAACACCCCCCCAGCACUCAAGCAGCAUGCCAGUGGCAGAGAUGCAGAAAUGGCCAGGAUGCGGGGAGGAUGCAGGCAGAGUGGGUGGGAGAGCACCACCCCGCACAGCCCUACCAUGCUGCGUGCCUUGCAGCCCUGGUAUCCCCAAGGGGAGCUGCACCCCGGGUUUGGGGCAGCUGGCAGCUUGGCACAGUGCUGGCUCUCACCCUCCCUGUGGGCAUUCAGGAGCUCUGUCACCCUGCAUUGCUCUGUGCUUUCCUUCAUGCUUCCCCCCCUGGCAAGAGAGCCCCGGGGUUAACUUGCUGGGGCUUUUUCCAGUAAAUAAAUGCAACAGCUCAUAGAUGCAA